AUGUGGCUGUCUGUGCCUUAAAUGAUGAUAUCUAUUCAGCUAAAUCUCAAUUAAAAUCUACUGCAUCAAGGAUCCCUCAGACACUUUCAUUCCCAUCGUUUAAGUUUAAUGGUAAUUCUCUAAUCUCCAUCCCUUAGGUAUUACUCUAAAUUAGGAUCUUAAAAAUUGAUUAGAAACUAACUCUUCUUUUCUACUCAUUCUGAAUAUUUACCUGCAAACAAAAUACAAGUUGGAAUCAAAAUCCUCACUUUCGAAGAAUACUCUGAUCUUGAAUUCGAAGAGGAAACAAUCUUUUUCAGUAGAGCUGCCAUAGAUCUAGAUUCAAUGGAACCCAGACCUAAUAUUAAAUUAUGGAAAAAGAGUUGUGUUUGUUAAUUGCCUUAAAACCCUGAUCUGUAGAUGAUUCAGUGUGAUGAAUGUGAUAACUGGUAUCACUUGGAUUGUGUAGAACUUUAAGAUCAAGACAUCACUAAGAUUGAUAAGUAUUUAUGUCCAAGAUGCAAUAAAUGA